CGCGCCUGCCUGCUCUUCCGGGGCGCGGGAGCCAACCGAGGGCGUUGCUGUCCGGGCUGCCGCGGCGGGAGGAGUCACCGGACACCCUUCCCACCUUGCAUGUCCCCUCCAUCAUGGGACGGUGAGCACGCGUCUAGGGCACACCUUGGUGCCCCACGGAGACCCGGACAAGUAGCUUGCACCUGGCCCUCCGAUGGAAACCCAGGCGAACCGGGGUCAAGGACCUCGGGGCAUCGGCGUGCAGCCAGCACCAACCGACUCCUUGCAUUUACCGGGAGCCCAGUGGAGGCGCCCUCCCGAGGCACUACUCCAUGCUGACCACCCAGCUCUCCAGCUGCCGAUGUCAUGAGUAACACCACAGUGCCCAAUGCCCCGCAGGCCAACAGCGACUCCAUGGUGGGCUACGUGUUGGGGCCUUUCUUCCUCAUCACCCUGGUCGGCGUGGUGGUGGCUGUGGUAAUGUAUGUCCAGAAGAAAAAGCGGGUGGACCGGCUUCGCCAUCACCUGCUCCCCAUGUACAGCUAUGACCCUGCUGAGGAACUGCACGAAGCAGAGCAGGAGCUCCUCUCUGAUGUGGGCGACCCCAAAGUGGUACCCGGCUGGCAGAGUGGCUACCAGCACAAGCGGAUGCCCUUGCUGGAUGUCAAGACCUGACAACACCCUCGCUCUGACCUUCAGACUGUAGGGGCCUGGAGUGCCCAGCUGCUGCCCUCCCCAGGGGCCCCCAGCUUCCUGGGCGCUGGGCCUCAGGUCCUCCCACCCAUCCUGUCUGCAGCAGCACCCACCACCGUGAUCCUUGCCUAGCAGCCAGCCCAUCACCUCACCCCCUCCUUCAGCGCCCACGGCUGAGCUUGCGCCCACCCCCAGGCACUAAGGGGGCCCAUGGGGAGGUAGCUCGGCCCUUUCCGUGGGCCCUGUCUUUCUUCCCUGGCUCUCCCUGUCUUGGCUUUGGAGUUUCCUUGGUGACAGGGCCUGAUGUAUAGUAUUCAGUAUAUAUAUUUUGUAAAUAAAUUGUUUUGUGGCUA